UCUCCGCCGGUGGUUUAGGGAGGGGAACUGGGGGCAGUGGCUGUAAAAGUGGAGGAGGCGGAGGAAGGCGAUGAGUUCGUUCACCGGAACACGCGCCGGUGACGGGGACUCGCCCGAUCUCGUUUGCCAGCUUGACUGCGUCCAGGGCAUGGUCGACGCGCUCUCGUCUGUCCGGUGGAAGCGUCAUCAGGAUGCUGUGGUCGAGAUUUCCGAACACGGACUCGUCCUCAUCGUGGAGGAGUCUGGGUGCCUUCAGGCCAGGGUGUAUCUGAAGCGUGAGCUGUUUCUUGCGUAUGAGUAUGCGGCGGAAGGACGACCAAGGUUCGGCGUGAGCUUGGGGCUCUUCGUCGAUUGUCUCAACAUCUUUUCCACUCCUGGACAUUCCCCUGUCAUCGAAAUCCGUUACCCUGGUCUGGACAUGCAACUGCUUUUGAAACUUCAUAGGUCGGUCGACACUCCAGAUGCUUAUAUUUAUGCAGAGAUUAGAACGAGAAUUCCUGACACCAUAGCCUGGGACUAUAACUUCGAACCUAUUGGAAGUGUUCCUGUUAGCUUCACAGUCAAGUCUUCUGUUCUAAAGGAAGCGGUUGACGAUCUUGAAUGGCCUUGUUCGAGCAUCCAGAUAAGCCUACAACCAGACCCUCCUGCCGUGACAUUUAGAGGUGAAGGUCAUGGGGACUUGCAGGUAUCUACUUUCCUUUCCGGAUCCCCCUUGACAAUGCCAAUAACAUCGCAAUGUACUUUUCGUCGACGAUAUACACAGAUACAAGUACAAAUUUCUCCAAGCAGCGACAUCAAACAUUCCAAGCAGUGUGUUGAAGGACAACAGAGGAAGCAAAGUGACUGUCGGGAGGGGCGGGAUGCUGAAGAUACAACACUUGGUAUCGGUGAGACGAUCGUCGGCCCAACAUUCCUGUGGUGAUCAACAUCCUAGCCAUAUCGCUUACAUCGAGUUCUUUGUCAAACCAGAAGAAGAAGAAGAAUGUCCUGUUGGUGACAAUUAGGAUCCUAGACUGGGUGUUUCUGUGACAAUAUUGAAAUUUUGAGGGCUAAAGUGAGUAGAGUUUAAUUCUGAGGUUCUUCCAAUUUGUGUUGUAACACUAACUAAUAUAAAAGUAGUGUUCAGGCUUUUGUUUGCCUUCCAGUGGCAAAUAUGCAUAUUCACCCUUUAAAAAUAUUGAAAUACAUGUUUAUCAGUAUAAAUGUUAAAAUAUUCUUAUUUUAA